AUGGCUGAGACCGUUGUUAGUGCCGUUCUUGGGAACGUGGGCAGUCUCGCCGUUCAAGAGACUACUUUCUUAUGGGGAGUCACCCUUGAAGUGAACUUCUUGAAAGAUGAGCUGAUGCGGCUGCAGGGCUACCUUAGAGACGCUGAGAGCAAACAGAGAUCUGGAAGUGAGAGUGCUGCUAUCUUGAUGAGCCAGAUUAGGGAUACCACAUACGAUGCUGAGAAUGUUAUCGAAGCUGCAGAUUACAUAAAGAAGAGAAACAUGAUAAAGAGGGCGAAGGGCUUCAUGGGUGCAAUUUCAAGGUAUGCCCGCUUACCGAGUGACUUGACUACCCUUCAUGAAGUCGGUGUUGAAAUUCAACGUGUAAGAAGGAAGCUCAAUGAGAUAUUUCAUAGCGUAGAACGCUUGAAAAUUGACUUGGACACUCAUGUUGUAAAUGAGUCUCUGGAAGAUUAUGGCCUUAUGCACCAAAACUUUCAGGAUGAUGUUGACAUGGUUGGUUUUGAGAACGAUUACAAAGAAAUAGUGGAUAAAUUAGUUGAGGGAGGAAAAAUGCUUAGUGCUGUCUCCAUAGUUUCCAUGGGUGGGGCAGGCAAAACAACACUUGCUAGGAAGGUAUACACUUCAUCCGGAGUCAAACAACACUUUGAGGCACUGGUUUGGGUGAGUGUAUCUCAAAAGUUCAAGGUCAUUGAUUUACUAAAGAUAAUUGCAAAGCAAAUAUCGAGUGAUGAAGAUCAGUCAAGAAAAAUUGAUGACAUGAAUGAGUAUGAGGUGGCAAAGAAGAUCCGUGAUAUCCUCAUGCUAAAAAGAUACUUGGUAGUUCUCGAUGAUGUGUGGGAAGCAGACACAUGGGAGCAACUAAAUAGAACAAUUAAAGCCUUUCCCAAUGCAGCUAAUUGUAGCAGAGUACUAUUGACCACAAGAAAAAAUGAUGUUGCGAAUCAUGUUGAAAUGCCAACCCAUAUUCAUGCUCUGAAGUGUUUAGAUGAAGAGAAAAGCUGGGAACUUUUUAGUUGCAAAGCUUUACCAUCUUACAGAAGGUUAAGCAUAGGUGACCUGGAUGAGUUUGAAAAACUAGGGAGAAAGAUUACAAGGAAAUGUGAUGGAUUACCACUUGCACUUGCAGUUUUAGGAGGUUAUCUAUCAAAGAACCUCAACACUCAAGCAUGGUCCGAUGUACUAUUGGGAUGGCCAUCAACCAAAGAUACACAGAUGAUGCGAGGCAUAAUAGCACUCAGUUACAAAGACUUACCAAAUCACUAUUUAAAAUCUUGUUUGCUCUAUCUUGCUGCUUUUCCGGAGGAUUUCAACAUAUCUGUGAGGGCUCUUAUUAGUUUGUGGAUAGCAGAGAGAUUCAUUCCACACACUCCAAGGCAUACACUAGAAGAAACGGCAAACAAUUAUGUAACUGAGUUGGCUCAAAGAAGCUUGGUGCAAGUUGUUCAAACAAGCAGCAUACGUGGAUGGGUUGUGAAAAUAAAGAUUCAUGAUAUCCUACGUGACUGGUGUAUAGAAGAAGCAGCCCAAGAUGGUUUCCUUGACGUUAUUGAUGGAACUACUACAGGACAGAUUGGAGCAUCAUCGUCUCAUAGCUUGAUAUCCUAUCGGUGUUCUUUUCAAGACUCAAGUGAGCAGAUCUUCCAGGCAUCACCUAAUCUCAGAGCAUUGUUUGGCUUUGGGCUUUCAUCAGUAACUUUUCCUGAGCUAAGAUUCCUAAGAGUUCUUCAUGUUGAGAACUCGAGCCUAAAGAAUUUCUCCGAGCUAAUUGGUGGGUGCAUUCACCUACGACACUUGAUGUUGAGAAGAUGUGGAGACGUGAAGGUUCCUUCUUCAAUUAGGAAACUCCUUUAUCUGCAAACUAUUGAUGUACGAGGUUCAUUAGAGGUAUCAAGCUCCCUAUGGGAUAUACCUACUCUAAGAUAUGUACAUCUUGACGAAAUUUCUCUGCCAAGGGGUGUGCACAUUCCACAAACUCUACGGGAGCUUCAUAUGGGGCCUACUCUUGGUGACCUUUUUGAAGACCCGAUGCCAAUCCUGGAGAUGCUUCCUUGUCUUGUGGUGCUGGAGUUGCAUCAAUAUACACCCGGAACAUUUUCCUUUGCUAGACAGUUCCUUCCCGGAACAAUGUCCUUUGGUGCCCAAGGGUUCCCUCGUCUGCAAGAGUUACGACUUGUGGGCUGUGACUUUAACAAGUGGACGAUGGAGGUUGGGACGCUGCCAAAGCUAUCAUUUCUGUCUUUUAUACAUUGCGACCUGUGGGAAGAAAUCCCAGAUGGAUUACUGCACCUUCCAUCCCUCAGGUUCAUAUCAAUGAAUACUCUAAAAGAUUAUCCGAAUGACAGCACGUUGGAUGGUCUGAGACAGAAAGGAUGCGAGAUUAGAGAAGAAGAAUGGUACUACUAG